GUAUUAUUGCUUUUUAUGUUCAGUAUCAAUGCUAAAUAUUACUGCGCUGUUUUGGAAAAAAGUACUAACUUGAAAAAUGAAACGUUAGGGAUCACUGAAUGUUGUUCCUCGGUACUCUGUUAGGUUGCAUCGUAUGUUUCUGAAGAAGCGAGACAAAAUCCCCACUGCUUUCCCAAGUAGAGUGGAGCCAUGAGUGCAGAGGACCUGAAUCCGGCCGCCACACCCACUGCCUGUGAGGACAUCCACGGAGAUGGACGAUGGAUGUCUAUGCACAACCGCUUUGUGUCCGACAGCAAGGACAAAGAACCAGAUGUGCUGUUUGUUGGAGAUUCUCUCAUUCAGCUCAUGCACCAGUUUGGGAUAUGGAGAGAGCUGUUUUCACCUCUUCAUUGCCUGAACUUUGGGGUCGGCGGCGACGCAACACAACACGUUCUCUGGCGACUGAGCAAUGGUGAACUUGAUAACAUCAGCCCAAAGAUUGUAGUGCUGUGGGUGGGCACCAACAACCAUGGGCACACGCCUGAGCAGAUCUGUGGAGGCAUCUUGUCAAUUAUCCAAGUCAUCAAGAACAAGCUCCCUCAUGCCCACACGAUCGUGCUCGGAUUACUGCCCAGGGGUAAAAUGCCAAAUCCUCUGCGGGAGCGAAAUGAGGAAGUGAACAAGCUGGUCCAGAAGGCCCUUUCCACUCUACCCCACGGCUCUUUCUUCGACGUAAACCCCGGCUUUGUCCACUCCAACGGCAGCAUUUCCCAUCAGGACAUGUACGACUACCUUCAUCUAACUCCCCAGGGCUACCAGGCCGUGUGCGAACCCCUGCAUGCACACCUGAAGUCCAUGCUAGAGAAACCUGCGGAAAACUAAGCAGCCAGUUUACAAGCUCAAACACUGCCACAGUGUUCCUCGCCCCUGUUUCCAGAGAGCAGCGCGCUUACUGUAGCUUCUCGCAGUCAGUUAUUUACAGUCCAGAGAAGCACUUAACACCUGUGCGUGCCCUCUCGACAUUCAGGUCCGGUGACCACUGUGACGGGUAAAAUAUGAAGUGAUUGGUGUUAAUGAUACAGUCAGAAAUAACGCACAUGUGUUGUAGCGAGACAGCAUCCUGUUUCAGUUUCUGAUGACGUUCUUUUCCACUAAUGUUUCUGUUUUGACUUGACACCUGAUCAGUGAGCCAGGAGUUGAAACCGCUGAAGGAAUGGUAUGAAUACAUUCGUAUAUGUUCUCUCCAGAUCCACUUAUCUCAGUUCAUUUUCAAUGACCCUGCGUCUAAAAAUAUAUACGGACAAUGUUUGAUUUUCGAAGGAAAUCUUUAAAGACCUAGGAACAGGAUUUCUCUGGAGAAAGUAAAAAAAAAACAAAAAAAACUGGCUCUUUAAUUGGCAGAACAUUUAAUGGUCAAAUAAGUCACAUACAAAUGAUUCCCUAACAAUCGAAUUAUAAAAAGUAGUAGUAUUUGGUUUAUGUUUCAUGAUGUAUGAUAUGUUUGUCUAUAGCUCUUUUUUUUUUUUACUCUGUUGUGAUGCCUUUCUUAAAUGGUUAUUUGGUUGACAAAAUGCAUUUCAUUGACCAUUACUGCCUACUUAUUGUAUGACACAGUAUCUCCAUUAUUAUUAUUAUUAUUAUUUUUUUUUUUUUUUGCUUUGUACGAUGUACUUAAUUGUGCUUCACCUGUCGUGAAAGCUUGUGUCAGUGGAUGUAUGGGAGUCGAUGGCGAAGCUGCUUGUGCACUCUUUUUUCGUUUACAUAUUGAACUGAAAGGCAUGACUUCACACACUAAAAAAAACGCUUCUGAAUUGUACUCCUGGAUGGCUGAUUGUGUAAUGUAUAAAUACAUUAAACCUAAAAAAUGA